CAACAUGAAUAUUUACGUUACUGGUAUAUUAUGUACUAUAGGCUUGAUCAUUUCACAAGGGUUUACUGCUACUACAAAUUUACCUGAAGAUCAAUUAGAUGAACUUAAUAUUAUAAAUAAAUAUUUAAAAUUAAAGGGAAUUAACAAACAAUUCACUGAAGACGAUCUCCAGGAAUUGCUGAAUAACAACGAGAUUGAUAAGCACCUUGUGAAGAAAAUAGACAAUACACAUCCUAUUGAAACUUAUACUCAGAAGCAUGAUGAACCCAUAAUCCCUUUGUGGAUUAUAAAUCCGCCAUACUACUUGGCUGAGAAGCUAUUUCAACUAUUGGGAUAUCUCAUAAGAUACGAUGAUGGCCUUGAAGUAUAUCGACCAUAACGUCAGUAUCACAACUACAUAGUAUGGGAAUGAGUUCAACAACUAUUCUUAAUAACUUUGUUUGGUUUUCUUUAAACAUUUUGAAUGAACUAAUAAAGGAUGUUGAUAAUCAUUUUAAGUGAUUAAAAAUAAAUUAGAUAUUCAAUUUUUGCCUUCUUCUGAGUAAUGUAAGUUAUUAACCUUAAUUAAGAGUACCUAAACGAAAAUUUGUCACUAGAAAUUACUUAUGUUCGUUGUAGUAUUACAUCUUUCGAAUCAAUACGCAUGAAUGUAAACACAGGUUUAUUUCAAACAUAUAAGUCUGAAACUUUAGGUAUUGUAAUAAAAUUAUUUUAUUGACAUUUAUUGUCACUUGUUAUGCUGAUCAAAUGGUGUUUUGUUGUAAGUGUUAGGAGAUAUAAACUGAAGUUUAGUUGGUAUGAAAGUAUACUACGUAGCAAUGGGUAGCGGAACUCCCAUCCACACUUCUGACUUCUGUUGAUAGUAAGUAUUAGCAGAACCUAUUAUAAAUAUGGGGAACAUUUAAGUUAUGGAGGAUUUUAUUGAUAAGAUGAACAAAUUCUCUACUAUCGGAAUGAAAGAACAUGAAGCCGAUUGACAGGUGAUAUGCAGUACUAUGAUGUCGACGAGUGAUGGCUGCUCGCCAGACUGGGUUAUUGACGAAGGGGCUUGAGUGUUUUGAAAUAAAAGACAAGACCACUAGCCAAAAGAAUAUUUUCAUGAAAUAAAAUGAUGCGUCUAUAAACAAAAUGCUGACACAAGGAAAUAACGCGAUAAGAUGUCAUAGGCGACUGCAUGAUAUUAGUUCAUAGAUCACUUACACUUCAAUCAAGAACUGACUGUUAAACCAAAUACUUGCCCAUCAUAUCAGCUUGGUAGCAGUCAAACAGAAGUGUUGUCCUCUAAGUAGGUUCUUGAGAGAAUAUAUGUCACAUAAGAAUCAGUUUUUUUAGAAACCCAAAGAAUUGAAAUAUGAUAGUACCGUCAAUGUAACUAGAAUCAAGGUUAUUAUUAUUAUUAUUAUUAAU